AUGACAGCAAAGGAAAUGAAAGAAGAAGAAGAAGAAACCGGGUCUCCUGUUCAAGUUUAUGUAUACGAUCUAUCACGUGGACUAGCUAGAGUGUAUAGUCCCAUGAUGCUUGGGUUUCAAAUUGAUGCUAUAUACCACACUUCAGUAGUGGUACGAGGGAAAGAAUACUACUUGGACCAAGGUAUAAAGUCGCACCCAGUACAUCAAUCUGCGCAUUUCAAAUACGGAAUACCUAUUGAAAAGAUUGAUGUUGGAGAGACGUUCAUUGAUGAUGAAAUACUCAAUGACUUUAUUAAUGAUUUAAAUAACCACGAAGAGAUGAAGUACCAUGCACAGUCCUACGAUUUGUUUACUAAUAAUUGCAACCAUUUCACCAAUGUUUUGAUUGAAUUCCUUUGUGACUCUCAAUUAGAUGAGAGAAUAUUGAAAUUACCCGAGGCAGUAUUAGCUAGUCCUGCAGGUCAAAUGUUGAAGCAAAUGAUUGAAAACCAGGCCUAA